CUUCAGACUGCACUUUGCUGUUUCACGUCAGCCAGCACGUCAUUCCCAGAUGAAUGUGAGCACGUACAGUAUGUGUUGAGUAGUCUUGCUGUGAGUUUCUUUGAGUUGCUCCUGUUCUUUGGAAGAGAUGAGUUUUAUGAAGAACCCUUAAAGGAUAUUCUUGGCUCAUUCCAGGAAUGCCAGAAUCACCUCCGCAGAUAUGGAAAUGUGAAUCUGGAACUGGUGACUCGAAUUAUUAAAGAUGGUGGCCCAUGGGAAGAUCCAGUGUUGCAAGCUGUUCUUAAAGCCCAACCGACAUCUCAGGAGAUAGUGAACAAAUACUUAAGUUCUGAAAAUCCACUGUUCUUUGAACUACGUGCCAGAUACCUAAUUGCCUGUGAACGCAUACCUGAAGCAAUGGCUCUUAUUAAAUCUUGUAUAAAUCACCCUGAAAUCAGUAAAGACUUGUACUUCCAUCAAGCACUCUUCACCUGUCUGUUUAUGUUACCUGUGGAAGAUCAGCUGUUCCGAGAGCAUUUGUUGAAAACUGACUGUAAGAGUGGAAUUGAUAUCAUCUGUAACACUGAAAAAGAAGGCAAGACUUUGCUAGCCUUACAACUCUGUGAAUCUUUUCUUAUUCCACAGCUCCAGAAUGGGGACAUGUACUACAUAUGGGAGUUGAUUUUCCUAUGGAGUAAACUGCAGCUUAAAUCUAACCCUUCAAAACAAGUGUUUGUAGAUCAAUGUUACCAACUCUUAAGAACAGCAACUAAUGUGAGAGUCAUAUUUCCUUUCAUGAAAAUCAUUAAAGAUGAGGUUGAAGAAGAAGGCUUACAAAUUUGUGUUGAGAUAUGUGGUUGUGCUCUCCAGCUUGAUCUCCAUGAUGAUCCUGAAACUAAAUGUCUAAUUUAUAAAACAAUUGCACAUUUUUUGCCAAAUGAUCUAGAGAUUGUCAGGGUUUGUGCUCUCUCAGUAUUUUUUCUUGAGCGUUCCUUAGAUGCUUACCACACUGUUGAAGAGCUUUACAGACGUCCAGAUGAAGAGUAUAGUGAAGGCACGAGUACUGUACAAAAUCGUGUUCGUUUUGAAUUGCUCCCAAUUUUGAAAAAAGGAUUGUUUUUUGAUCCUGAGUUUUGGAACUUUGUAAUGAUUAAGAAAAACUGUGUGGCAUUACUGCGUGAUAAAUCAGCAGUGAAACUUCUAAAUGAAAAUACACUGGAAAAUUCUGCAGGUAGUCCAAAAAAGAGAGGGGAGCAGCGGAGUAUGGAAGAAGGGCUUGACACGGUCCCAACGGUCCCAGAUCAGAGCACUAGAGAGACAGAUCCUGAUGCUGCAUCUGGAGUGCAGCCUAAAGGGCAGCUUAAUGCAAAGAGAAGUCUCUCUGCUCUUAACACUUCCAAAGUGGAUCAUAGUGUCCCAAGGCAUCGGUGCAUGUUAUGCAACAAGGAAUUUCUUGGUGGCCACAUUGUAAGGCAUGCCCAGGCUCAUCAGAAAAAAGGCAGUUUUUCAUGUGUGAUAUGUGGUAGGAAAUUUAAGAACAGAGGACUUAUGCAGAAGCAUUUAAAAAAUCAUGUUAAGAAGAUUCAGAGACAGCAGAUUGCUACAGCACAACAGGAUGAUCCAGAAGUCAUCACUUUGGAAGAAAUAAAUGGUUCCAGUUCUUCAAUUUCCUUUGAAAAUGGGAAUUCAAAUACUAACGGCUUAGAAAUAGAGACGUUGACUGCUUCCAGUGAGAGAAACAAAGACGUCAUCAGUGAGCACAUGGCUGAGUUCAUUAAAAUUCCUAUUGGUAUACCAGAGAAUGCUAUGGAAAACAUUAUUGAAAAUGGCAAACCAGACACUUCUUUCAAUAAUAUCUCAGAGUCUUUACCUCAGUGUGAUGAUGACUAUGAGGAGGAAGAGAAUGAAGAUGAUUAUGAAGAUGAUUAUGAUCUGAAUCAAGAAACAUCAGUACUGCACAAAAUCAAUGGAACUGUGUGCCAUCCAAAAGAUGUAUAUGCUACAGACCAAGAAGGGAACUUCAAGUGUCCUGCUCUUGGCUGUGUAAGGAUAUUUAAAAGAAUUGGGUUUCUAAAUAUGCAUGCAAGGACUGUGCAUCCGACUGAUUUAAAUGUGCGGCAAACUGUAAUGAAGUGGAGCAAAGGAAAGUGCAAAUUUUGCCAAAGGCAGUUUGAGGAUUCUCAACAUUUUAUAGAUCACCUUAAUAGACACAGCUAUCCAAAUGCGUACUUUUGUUUGCACUUCAAUUGCAAUGAGUCAUUUAAGCUGCCAUUCCAGCUUGCCCAGCAUACAAAAAGUCACAGGAUAUUUCAAGCUCAGUGUAGUUUUCCAGAAUGCCAUGAGCUUUUUGAAGAUCUUCCUCUGUUAUAUGAACACGAAGCCCAGCAUUACUUAAGCAAAACACCAGAAUCAUCUGCACAACUGAGUGAAGUGAUUCCUAACCAUCAGGAAAUAGACACAUUUAGUAAUGAGAACCAAACAAUUCAUCAGCCAGUUUCUACUAGUAAAUCAAGGAAACAUUCUACAGAACCAAAGACAUAUAUAGACACUAUCGAAAAGAAAACAGACAGUUUAGUUCAGAAUGGAAAUGAACAUUCUGAUGAUACUGAUUCAAAUAUAAGCUUGAUAGACCAAAAGAUGCCUGCCAUAGAGCCAAAUCCUGAAAAUACUCAUAGUACCACUGACUUAGUCAAUGGACACAGUGAAAUAGAGCAAACACCAUUAGUUACAUCAGAUCCUACUCUGAAAAUAGAUAUAAACAGAAGCAGGACAGAAAAUGGUUCUAUUUUACCCAAUGUUGUAUCACAAGAACACAGUGCCCUGUCAGUAUCUCAGGCACCAUCCAAACCAAAUCUUACAACUGAACAUACUUCAUAUGGCUUAAUUUUAACAAAGCCAUUUGUCAGACCUUUGCCUCCCAGUUACCUUGAUGAACGAUACCUUAGUAUGCCAAAACGCAGAAAAUUUCUGACUGAUAUUGUAGAUGCCUGUUCUGAUCAAGAUAACAUGUAUAAAAAACCAGUGAAAAGAUUACGAUGUGGCAAAUGCCUGACCACCUACUGUAAUGCCGAAGCACUUGAGGCUCACCUUGCACAAAAGAAAUGUCAGACACUCUUUGGAUUUGAUUCAGAUGAUGAAAGUGCCUGAUAAUGUCUCAGAACGAUCUGUUGAUCAUGCAGUAGUGUAAAAAAAAAAAGCACUACAAGAAAAUGCAUCAUCAGUUUGCUAUUUCCCUGAUGGCCUUAAUUUUAGAGUGGUCUCGGAUUACUAAAGCAAAGACAAAGCACAUUUUCUGGAAUGAACUUGCAGAGGAGAUGUGCCGGCUUAGACUCCAAAAGGGAUAUAAAACUCCCAAAGUACCAGUUAUCCAUGAAACCACACUUUCAAAAAGUUUAUGGUGAUUAAUAGCAGCAUGUUCAGUUUUGCUUUAUGUGAAAACACAUUUGGGUAACUAGUCAGAAAUAAAAACCAGCUAUGGCCUUACUGAAGAAAGGAAAAAGUUGAUUCAUUCAAAGAUGAGGUGGAAGGGAGCUGGUUUACAAUAAACAUGUAAAACAUUCUGAAAAUGGAAUUUGUUUUCUUGUCAUGCAUAUUCAUUAUGUCUUCCCUUCUGGUCAAAUAUUUUAAAAAAUCAUUCAUUGCUCUUUACUUUGUGAUAUAAUUUAGAAGCUGAUACAUAGAAAUAAAGCUUGAUUUAUCAUGUUGUCUACUAAAGAUUGUAACUUGUUUUAGGCGAUUAAGGAAACAGGUCAAAGUUCAGUGAAUGGCAUGCCACCAUUGAAAAAAACAAAACAAAAACAGUGCUCUUGAUAAGAACCUUCAACAUCCAACUUUUGUAAUGUCAGUUAUUUAAAGGCAGCAGUGUUACGUAGAAAAGGAAGAAAAAUACCAUCAGCUACGUUAGAGGGAGUGCGAGAAGAAUCUAAGACCAUCACAUGCUUGAUAAUUGAAGGAAAACACUGAAUUGAAAAAUCUUCAAUGUGAAUAAUGGUAAAAGCACACUGGGAUAUUUCUAUCUGUACAUAUUAGGACAUUGCUGGAUGAUUCAUAGUAAAAUCCUGUACACAUUAGUAUGAGUUAUAUAAGUAUGGUCCUAUGAAAGUAAUUGGCUUAAAAGUAUGUCAGUUAAGAAUCAGAUCAAGAGUUCAUUUUAUUCAGUUAGGAGAAUUCAAAAUUAAGCCAUUCUAAUGUACUUUCUUCAUUAGCGAUGAAUUUGGCCUGCAUAGUAAUUUUUAUAUAUUUAAGGAGGUAUUUACAUCAAAAUUUGCACAACAGGAAUAUAAUAACAUAUAUUAAUGCAUUAUUGUCCUUGGUGAUCAUUGAUUUUUCCUAAGGAAGAUUUUAACUUAUUAAAUUAUUAAAACAAAUAUUUUACAGUUUAAAAAAAUUCCCCUGGAUAUUUCCCACCUGUCUGUUAUGAAAAGGAAAAUACUUAAAGAUCUUCUUUACCUAAUAGUAUAUAAGUCUAAACAAGAUAAAGACAUACAAACAUGAAGGUGAAUUCUUUAGACACAAUAGUAUGCCACGUGUCAACUAAGUGUUCCAGCUACUCCAGCAUGGUUUUGUGUGAAUCAGACAAUUCCAUCAUACUAAAAAUUUUAGGAACAUUUUUGAGGUUAGGAAAAUAGGGUAUUGCUUUCAGGGUGGCAUUCAGACUUUUAAAAACUAUGUUUCCAAUAAUGCUCUAUCAGAGGAUUUAUUAUUUUAUUUACCAUGGGCAUUUGCAACUAUGCAAUGAUGGUCACUAAUCCAUUCCGAUCAAGUUGAAGUUUGUUUUAGUUUUGUUAUGUAGCCUACAUUAGGCUGUGGAAUUUACAUGCAGAUAACAGAUAAGUACAACUCAUAAGUUUUAAAUCCUUUUAAGUUCAACUCAAAAUGUUUUCCAUAUUUCUUGACACUAAAAAUGUAAUAAUUGACUUUUAUUUUAGUUCAUAUUAAAAGUACAUCUUUUAAUAAAAA